UAUAAUGCAUAAUAAUUAAGUUAAAAAACUAUUACGACAUAAUUCUGCAUAAUUUAUUUUAUGAUUUAGUUAUCAAAAUGGCUAAACGAGACCCUAUUGUAUAUUUAGGUUACGAAGGCGAAGUUAUUGUUGAAAAAAAUGUUAUUCAGUUGAAUUAUACUGUAAAUAAAAUUGGCGGCAAGCCUAAUUGGCCACCUCUGAGUAAUAUUAACAUUGCAAGCAAAUGUCCACUGUGUAGCUUACAUCGAAUCUUGUUAGUGCAAUGCUAUGCUCCAUUAGAAAACUCCAUCUACCACCGAACAUUAUAUGUGUUUGCUUGUAUCAAUCCUAACUGUUGGAUACAAUCAGAGAGUUGGUCUUGCAUCAGAUGUCAGGUUCAAGAGGAGAAGAUUAGUACGGAAGCUUUUGUUGCCAUCCCAAACGAAAGUAAUUUAAGCUGGUGCCAGGGCUCGGAUGACUGGGAUAGCAAUGAUAAUUGCGACUCCAAUAAUGGAAAUUUAAUGAAUGUUGAUAAUGCUCAGAGUCUGAACAAUCAGAGGGCCUCUGAUGAAGAGGAUGAAAGCAACUCUUUAGAACUGGAGACGGUUGAGCAAGCCAUGGGUAACUUGCAAGUUUUUGAUGCCCACAAUGCGAACCUAUCACCAGUACAAGGUGCCGUGGGGGCUGUCGGAGCUCCAAUCCCAAAGGCCGAGCUGGAAGGGGGAGAUGAAUCUGACUUAGUUAUAGUAGAAAAACCUACUUCACCUACUAAUAACAUGGAGGCGUUGCUAAACCAAACAGCAGAAUUGUCACCAGAUGUGAGAAGUCGACUUGUCUGUGGACCUUUAGAGUUUGUGCCAAAAUAUAUUUAUGUAGAACAGGAGUGGAGAAAAUCAAUGAAUAAUGACGAAAGAGUGACUGAAUUGCUCAAUAAAUACAAGAAAGAAAAUGAAAUCGAAGUUGGGAAUGUGGCAGAGGGUGGAGCUGGCGGAUCUGAAGAAGAGACUUACGAAGAAACUGUACCAUUGCAUGGGGACAAACUCUUUCACGCUUUCCUAACAAGGAUACAUGAUAAUCCUGGACAGAUUUUAAGAUACUCAAGGGACGCGCCGCCGUUACUCGGCGCUCCUCUGCAAAUACCAGCGAGCUCAAUGGACUCCCGUAUACCAUCCUGCACAAGAUGCGGUUCUACGCUCACGUGCGAGCUACAGCUCGUGCCGGCCUUCUCCGAAACUCUCAGUCUUGUGCCAAACAUUCCAAUAUCACACCUUCACUUCCUCUCUGUACUCAUCUUCACUUGCUCCAGAAGCUGUUGGCAGGCAAACGACAGUUUCGUUGAGGAGACUGUCAUUUUUCAGCCCGAAGUCAUAUAAGCUUACAAAUUACAACUAUUUUAUUUAUUGCCAAAUAUAUUUAGAAACUUCUUUACGAAAGACGUUGAAUGUGCCAUGAUUAAUGUUCCAUUUUGUUGCAGAUUGUUGUUCUUUAAAAUAAUACGGUAGAAAUAGCUAUUUAAUUAACAGAAACGAACAAUAAAAAGCUCAACUCAA